AUGGUUGCGCUAUCGCCGCCUUCUCCCUCGGCUCUCGCUGAAGCCAUCGCCUCUGGCCUCUCCUCCAACUUCGCCUAUUCCUCGUGUACGCUUGCCAUCCCUCCAGAUCUCACAGCGGCACCGUACCACCUGGCCGGACCUGGACUCACUGGAUCUCCUCGCGUUGUUGAUGUGGGCGGGCCCCCAAACCUCUCCCCAACGCCCGACUUGACCAGGAAGUAUGACCUAGCGUCCAUCGCGCGGCAAGUUGACAUGUCGCCAUCCACAGGCUUCAUGCUCGGCGCGGGAGCCGGGCCCUUUUAUGUCCUGGGGCAGAACUCGGAGCUCAUGCCAAACUUCGCGUAUGGGACCGCUGCCGGUGCAGGCGGAGGCGCCUCCUCAGUGCGCAACCGCACCCACUACGCCAAGAUCACCGCCUCGGACACGGUAUGCUGUGCUCGGAUCCCGGACGACAGCACCGGGUUCGCCUUCAUGUGCAAUCUGUUCUGUUCCGACGGCGUCCCCGGAGAGUGUCUGCACAUGACGGCGCGAUCGCGCACAGGCCCGCUCAACUUCACCGCGACGAUCCAGCGCGCGCUGCGAGCCUCGUUCGGGGACAAACUGGUCUCGCUGGGCGGGGUGUUUCUCAUUAAGAAGGGCACGGCAAAGCUGCACGUUAUGCCGGAUUUCCCGGCCCGGCCGUUCGCCUCUCGCGCAGACGUCGACAAAUGGCUGCGGUACUUUGACAUGUCCUUUUCCGCGACGGAGGAGGACAAGGAUGGGCCCUUGGUGUGUUUGAGCGUGCUGCACUCGGGUCACGACGGCGGAUUGGCGUUGAGGAUGGAACAUACGCACUGCUUCACUGUUACUCCUUCUCAUCAAGGAGGAGAAGGAGGCGGUAGUGGUGGCGCGGGUGGGAAUGGAGACACAGACACAGAGACGACCAAGGGAGGGCAUUACCAUUAUGACCUGGACAAGACAAAGGACGAGAUCGAAUACGAAGGCUGGUUUAACGUUGCUGAGUACCUUUAUCGGGUCGACCAGCCUGGGACACGACAUUAA